CUGACUAAUUAAAUUACCUUAAACUUGAGUCAACAUUUAAAAGUUCUUGUGACAAGGAUGUAGAGAACGAAGCAGAAAUAGAAUAUAUUUGUAUACACAACAGUUCACAGCACUGAAUAACUGGAGCCUCAGUUCACUUGAUAUUUAGUCAACACAAAAGCAAUAAUAAAGCCAAGGAAACAAGUGCACGAAUGCAGAGCCUUGACAGAACAUUCAAUGAGACUUUCAAAGCACGAUGAUGACAAGAAACCUAAAAGCAGAGGUCAUGAUUGCAGGAGAACAGCUAAGACUGCGACUACAUGAUAACAAACUGAUCAAGGACCGCAGACACCAUUUGCGGACGUACCCGAACUGUUUUGUGGCUCAGGAGCUCAUUAAUUGGCUGAUUGCUCAUAAAGAAGCAUCUGAUCGAGACACAGCUGUCCGACUCAUGCAGCACCUCAUGGAUUACGACAUCAUUCAUCACGUGUGUGAUAAGUGGCCCGUGUUCAGAGAUGCUAAAUACUUGUACAGAUUCAGAAAGGACGACGGCACAUUUCCUUUUAACAUAGAGGUUAAGAUCUUCAUGCGUGGACAAAGACUUUAUGAACAAGUGAUUUCCAGCAAAGACUCCAUCUCACAGGUGAGACAAGAAGAGGGUGUGGCUUAUGAACGCUCAUUUCCUGGUUACAUGUUAAUUGAUUGGCUGCUACAGAACAGUGAAAUCGAGAGUCGACGGCAGGGACUCGAUCUCUGCAAGGCCUUGCUAGAGCACGACAUCAUUCAGCACGUCUCUCAGAAGCACCAUUUCUUCGACAGCGGGCUGCUGUAUCAGUUCUGCAUUAACUUUCGCAGACGGCGCCGUCUUUCUGAACUGUUGCAUGAGACAGAGAAUGAAGAGGUUGAAUGUGCAACACAUCAAACACAAGAAGACCAACCUGACAGUCCAUUCACACUGCGCAAAUCCCCCCCGUCAGUGGGCAACAGUGACUUCUUAUGUGUUCAACCAAAUAAGGAUUCAAGUUUGUCUAGAACUGUACGGUGUGGAAGUGUGACCCAUCAGCAACACAGCUCAUGUGGAGGUUACUCUGCUUCUCUUAAUGCUGCCCUUGCAGUACGAUGCAAUCCUACAUCAGUACUGAAAAGACAUGUAACCUGCGAGGAGCUGUUAUUGCCUGACGCUCCUUAUGUAAAAAGAGUUCUAACGAUCCUCGGUGAUGCCCUGGGCUGGGGCUUUGUAGUGCGAGGAAAAACACCUUGUUAUGUUCAGGCUGUGGAUCCUGGAGGUCCUGCUGCGACAGCAGGAGUUAAGGUACGGCAGUUUGUGUGCCGAGUAAAUGGACUUGGCGUGCUUCAUCUGGACUAUCGUACUCUCUCAAGGCUGGUGAUGACUGGACCCCGUGUUGUUACUUUGGAAGUGAUGGAACCAAUGGACUAACUCAGUAUAAGUGAAAUUAAUUUUUUUUUUGUAUAUUAGCGUUACAAUAAAUUGUACAAGGUGAUUUACAUUUA